AUGGACAUCGGUAAACGAGCAGUGGUGGCAGAUGCACUUUAUUUUGUAAACUACUAUGUAUUCUAUGUGAAGGCCUUCUUACAAGCCUACAACCAAUUUUCACAAACCAUAAAGGUCGACUUAAUCUUCAUACCACUAUCGCAAACUUGA